AUGGACGCCUCCAUGGAUAUUGAUAUGGACAUUGACCUGGGUCCCCUCCCAGAUGAUGAGCACAUUGAAACGGAACAAACUCUUAUGACGACUGCCCCCGAUGGAGUCCUCGAUCACCUCGAUGCGGAUGCACAGUACGAAAAGGUCCAUGUACGCGGUGUCGAUGAUUUGACGACGGAUAACAUCCGAAAAUUUGCGAUCGAGCACUUCUCCUUGGAGGCCCCGAGCCGCGUCGAAUGGAUCGAUGACACAUCGGCGAACCUCCUAUACUCAUCCGCGGAAAUCGGCCUCCAGGCUUUAUCGGCCUUGACGCAGGUCAACGAGGAGGAAGAUACAUCUGCCCUGCCCGCCCUACGGCUAAGAUCGGCGAAGCCCUUGUCUACCCACCCCGAUUCGGUUCUCCAGGUGAGAUCCGCCGUGAAGACGGAUCGCAAAAAACCUCGCGCCCACGAAGCCAGUCGGUUCUACCUCAUGCACCCCGAGCACGACCCCCGGGAGCGGUUGCGACGCGAGCUAUCGGACAGACGGCGUUCGGGAGGCGGCGAUGCUGGCGAUGGCGACUACACACGAAGACGGUUCGAUGGUCGGGAACUACGACGACGGAGAGACCGCGAUGCAGACGAAAGCUUCAGCGCCAAUAUGUACGACGAUGCGAAGCCCGCCAGCCCCGAUCGUUCCGAGUCCGAUCGCAGUUAUGAUAGGCGGGAAAGGCGAGGGCGACGGGAACUCUUUCCAGAGGAAGGACGAUCGUCGGGGCGCCUCCGCGCCCGUAGCGCGUCGCCAGGUCGUGACACAUUGAUGGAAGAAGGAGGAAGGUACGCGGAGCAGGAUCGACUUGACUCUCGCAGGAAUUUCCGGGACCGAUCGCCCCAGCUUAACCGUCGCAACGAAGGCAAGGAGCUUUUCCCGGUCUCCAAGACUGCUGCCAGCGAUUCCAACACGCGGGAGCUAUUCCCCAACCGCACGGCGAAGGAACUUUUCCCCAGUAAAGUUAGCAACCAUCGGCGGUCGGACGCCAUCGACGCUGCGGAUGAGACGGCAGACCUUUUCGCCCGGAGGAUAUCGGUCCCUCUUGUGGAUGGAUCCCACGACCAACCUCCUCCACGACGGAAGCGAGAUAUCGAGCUCUUUCCCGAGACGUCCGAGACAGGUGUACUCAACAUCCGUGGCACAGCAGGGCAGGACCAGGGUUUGUUGAUUCGUGGUGCGGCCAACGGUAUCUCAAUCAAGGGACGGGGGGCGUCUGUUAGAGAGCUCUUCCCAUCCAAGUACAACUCCAAUGCUGGCAAGGAGCUGUUCUCCGACAAAAUCGAAGGGCGGGGAGGCCCACGACGAAGGGCCGAGGACAUGUUUAGCUGA